AGGGGAACUCUACCCACACGGAUUCUGUCUUCCUCACCAAGAAAUCAAACGCAGUCCGGAAUCGGUCAAAUUCUACUGGUUUCACUUCUUCAUCAUCAUCCACGCAUUAUGAAUGGGCAAAGACAUUUAGGGAUACGAUUGGGUUUCGCGAUUCCGUAAGAGUCCCAAGAUCUGGAGAAAUAGAGACUGUUGAUUGAAGCAGGUAACAAUAAUGCUUCCACUUAUCAAGCUCGGGACGCUCGCGCUGAAGACUAUGAGCAAACCCAUUGCCGCCCGGCUCAAGAAGGAAGCCGGACGGCACCCCAAGUUCCGGAAUUUCAUCAUCAACAUUGCUCAGGCAAACCACAGAAUCACCACAACAAUGCAAAGGCGUAUCUAUGGUCAUGCAACUGAUGUUGAAAUUCGACCGUUGAAUGAGGAGAAAGCCGUGCAGAAUGCUGUAGAUCUUCUUGGAGAAUUUUUCAUUUUUUCGGUGGCUGUAGCAGCUCUUAUCUUUGAAGUGCAACGUAGUGCUCGAUCAGAAGCUAAGAAGGAGGAGCUCCGCCGACACGAGAUGGAGCAAGUGAGGCUACGAGACGAAGCGAUGGCUAGGGAAAUUGAAGAGCUUAAACGCAAAAUCGAAGAGCUCGAACAACUAGCUCGGGGGAGGGGGCUUGCCGGUGUAUUCAAAUUCAAAUUGCCCUUGACUGAACAAGCUACCAAGUCAGAAUGACCUGUCUUUUAUCUCACAAAACCCUUACUGCGAAAUAUCAAUAUUUUUCCUUCUUCCAUUCUUUGGCCCUACCUCCCCAUUACUGAUGAAAAAGAGCUCAGAACUUAGCUCAGCUCUUAUUGGCGAUCAUGGUAAAAUAAACCCGUAUUCGGGAUGUGGCCAUUUCUACCACAGAAAUUACAACAAAGGGAGAAAGAAUCCCUAUAUCAUAUACACUCGUAAUUUUUUUCUGGAAUUUGAUAUAUUGCACCAGAAAAAAAGAAACUUAAAAAGCUUCAAGUUCUUCGUCCUCAUCUUCUUCAAAUCCUUUACAGCUUUCCGGAUUCCACGGAAUCAUGGAUUACAUCAUAUAGAUCACAUUUUGGUAGGCAUUUGAGAUGUGCAUGUGUGAGUCCAUUAAAAGAUGAGACAGUUUUAUUUCUUCAGUCUUUGGGUUUUGGCAUUUGAUACUGAUUAUGAUGAUGAAGAUAUUCCAGAUGCUCCCCUAUCUGGAAAAGCUAUGGAGUAAUAUAUUUCAUCCAAUCUUUUUUCUGCACUGUGGAGUGAAGGGUUCCCAUUCCAAGGUGCAUCAAGGAUUGACUUACAAGAGAAUCUUGGAGAUGGUAAUGGGGUGUGCCCUUUAUGCCUUUCUUACUCUCAACAAUUUAUGCUUUUGCCUUUCACAGUUUCACAUAAAAAAAACAAAUGAAGUACUUCCCCCCUGCUGAUUGAAAGGUCAAGAUGCUCUCUUUGGUCGGUUCGGUUUCGGUUUUGUAAGCGCAAAACCAAAACCGAAUCGAGUUGCCUAGAGUCAUUUUUGG